AUGGCGACCGCAAGGACGUUCACACGCUCGCUCGUGCGCGCAAUAUCCCGAAAUCACCGCACGCCCAGAUGGACACAACAGUUCGGCUUGGGUCAGAACCUACGGCCGUUCUCCUCGAGCGCAAUAAGGCGGCAUGGGCACAUCGAUCCGCCCAAGCCAGGCGAGGAGAUCUACGUGACAUUCAUCGAUAAGGACGGGCUAGAGACCAAGAUCGCUGCGUCGAAGGGGGAUAACCUACUGGACAUAGCCCAAGCGCACGAUCUAGAAAUGGAAGGUGCCUGCGGCGGGUCCUGCGCAUGUUCAACGUGCCAUGUGAUCGUGGAAGACGAGAAAUACUAUGACAGGAUCCCCGAGCCCGACGAUGAUGAGAACGACAUGCUGGAUCUCGCAUUUGGCCUGACGGAGACCAGCAGGCUGGGCUGCCAGAUCAUCUUGACCCCGGAGCUAGAUGGACUGGUGGUGAGGCUGCCGUCCAUGACGAGGAACCUACAGGCGAGUGACUUCAAGUCAUGA